AAGAUAACUCAGGAAUACUUAGGUUCAUCACUAGUUUGUUAAUCUGGUGAACAAUGAACAUGCGAGCCAUCCAAGGCUACCAUGGUGUGUGUGUAAAGACGUUCGUGGACGUGAAGACCAACGAUGUCGUCAUCAUCUUUGUUAUGAUCUUCACGAACGGCUGUUGAUGGUGAGGUGAGGUGGAGGGAAGACAACACUGACGUAAACACUACACAACACAGGAAAUUAAAGGUGAAGAAUUAAAAAAGAAUGGAUAAUACUUAUUCUCAGGACUCUGCGUUGUUCCGAGACAAAUAAUGGCAUUUGUCUCCUACACGGACAGUAACCAGGAGAGUGUAGCUGAGUUUACAUUACUGUGUGUAAAUUUAUAAGUGUGAGACGAGAUAAUGUUGUCUCCAGAUGUUCCUGAAUUUAUACCUCGACAAUUUCAAACUCCAAAUGAAAACAACUUUGGAGUGGAUGUAAAAGACACAAAAUAUGCUCCUGCAAAACAUGUAGGUCAUGGGUCACUAGACUCAAGUUCUGUGCAUGGCUCACCACAUCAGUCUCCCAGCCCAAGGCACAGCUAUUCAAGUGGACAUCUUACUUGGAGAAGUGCACCAAGAAGUGCUUCACCCAGAGGAAGAGGUGAAAUUUCUGGAAGGUCUAAGUACAACAGGCAUAGAAAUUUUGCCAGAGGACUCAGUAAUGGAGAGGCACAUCAGUAUGAGUCUAAUAGUAGACAUACUAGUCAAAGAACAGAUAAUUGGAGACAUGGUUGGAGGACUAGAGGCAGCCCACCUGAAGAAACUAAUAGAAGUGCACCUGGGAUUAAGAAAACUGAUUUCAGUCUUUCCUUAGGUGAAGCUCAGUCAGAGAAGUAUCAGCAGUAUAAUGACAACCCGAGGAAAGGUAGGGGUGGAUCACAGAAGAGACAUAAUGGUGAGCAUGGCACAGGGAAUACCAUAAAUUCGACAGUGCGAGAUGAGAUGCAACAUGUUCAGAUACCUUCCGCAACAACAGCAACAACACAUCGCCGAGUUGACCUCAGCUACAAAACAAUUUUGCAGGGUGACAAUAAUGGAGGCACAUUGCUGCCAUCAAAAACAGUGGCUGUUUCAGAGAUGUCUGUGUUGCAGGAAGAUCAGUGGCCCACACUCAAUAAUAUUCGUCCCCAAACUGUGCCUUGGGUAAAGAGAGACUCUGAGUCAUAUACUCCCACUGGUGAAAAUAAUGCUUGGUUAGUGAAAAAGAAUGAUGUGCCUGAAGCAUCAGGUUUUAAUAAACAUAUUAAAAAAAACAGGAGUUCUGCUGAAGAAAAUAAUAAUCCUGAAAUUGAUCAUGAAAUAAAGGUCUUGGGAUGUGACAAAGUGCACAAGGAUGUGGAACAAGAGAAUAAUUACAAUAAAGGUAGAAGAAAUGAGAUUGGAACUUUGGAGAAAAAUAAUAAGACUAAAAACAAAACCAGCACAUCUCAACAACACAUAUCCCUCAGUGCAAAAAAUUUACCUGACAAAAGAGAAUUUGCAGCAGGAGAAGCUGAUCUUGAAAAUUGUGAGAAUUCUGUGCAAGGUGAAAAUAGAAGUGAUCGUACCUCAAUAAUGGGAAAAGCUGAUCCUUUCCAGUGGCAGGUCAAGGGAGAGAGAAAGAAACAGACCAAGAAUAAAAACUCUUCCCAACAAACAGAGGGAAUAUCAGUGCCUGUUAAAAAUGUGUUCCCAAAAGGCACCUUUAAAAGAGAUAGAGGCUUCAAACCAGAUAGUUUCGGACCCAGUGUUAGGAAUAGAAUACCUGUGUUGAAAGAAGAAACUGGAAGAUACAAAAAGGAUGAUACAGCAAAUACCUCACAGGUAAACAAAGAUAGUACAAGUAAUGUUGGCAGUAAAAAAGAUAGUAAAGUAAAGAAUGAAUUUGUGAAAAAAUCAGAUGAUAAAACAAAACUAUUUUUGCAGGAGAAGGCCAACAGAAAAGGAAGCCAGUCAAGACAUGAACAGGUGCAGCAGGACAAUGCUCAAUUCAGAGUCUCAUCUGGUUCAGAGCAACACGAUACUAACGAAAUUCCACCAUUAGCAGAAGGAGCAAAGGCCCCUUUCUCAGAGCCUCAGAAAAAAGCAAUCAGUGAAAAGGAUGUAUUAAGAUUUCAAGAAUUACGGAGAAAGCGAAAGGACGAAAAAAUGAGGAAGAAGGAACAGAAACUCAAGAAAGCUCAAGAUUUAAUCAAAUCUGAUUCAAAAGUGCAAAUUAUUACAAAGGAGUUCUUAGAGUCAGUUCUCGCUGGUGGUUCAAGUAUAAGGAAAUCAACCAAUUUGUUUGCCUCUGAUAGUAGAAAUAUGAAUUCAAACAGUGAAGAUUAUUCAAAAGUACCAAAAGUAAAAAUUUUAACAAAGAAUUUCACGGAUUCUACUCUUGCUGACAGUUCAAGAGGGAUAUCAGCUAAUUUGCUAAGUUCUGAUAGUCAGGACCGGGAAUUAAAUUUUAUAAGUGAAGAAUAUCCAAGCCUAACUUCGUGGGGUACCACUGCCACCAGAGCAACAUCUCAUGAAAAUAUUGAAAAGAAAGCACUAAUGGGAAGCAGAGGACAGUCAGAAGCCUUGAGAGAGUCCAGAGUUAAUAGUGUCAAAGCGAAUACAUGCCUGCCGUCCACAUCAGGUUCAAAAGUUAAUAAUAGUGAAGGUGUCAGUGAUACGCCAUCAGAUGUUCCGAGUUACAGUGGAGCAUUGUUGGCCGCCAAAAAUGUUGUGGAGAAGAAGCCAGCCCCUUUGAAAGUACAUGUAAGGGAAAAUGUCCCCUCAGAGGCCACUUCUACUCCAGUUCAGAAAAAGAAAGUAAAGACCAAGGAUCUCAUUGAGUUUGAUUUGAUGGCUGCUGCUUUAAAGUCAAAGAAAAAUAAAAGAAAGGACCCCACUAAUAAUGAAGAGAAUACAACAGAGGCAUUAAACAGGAAAGCUGCUGGAACUCUGGAGAAUUAUCUUGGCUCUCCAGGUAAAAAUACACGAAGUGCAACAGCUCCAUCCCUCAUAACAAAGGUGAAAGGAGUAACAAACAUGAAGCGAGGAAAGCAGAGAGAGGGCAAAACUAAAAAGAAGGUAUCACGUCUGAAGAAAUGCAUGCAGAGGGCACGCCAGAUGGAAGUGGAAGCAUUCUUAUCUAUUCUUCAGGAAUUAUCAGCUGGUGUAGAGAAAGAGAAAAGUGGAACUUCUGUAACAGAAUCUCCUCAUCCUGAGACCAAUGGGGAAUUGAAGAUGACAGUGGCAACUUCAGGUAUAGUCCCUGAAGAUGUACUGUCAAAAGAUGAAGGUAAUGUCCUGGAGAAUGCUCAUGCGAAAGAUGAUGUGAACAAAGUUAAUGCUGAGCAAAAACUGAAUCCUUUGACAAACAUAUCACCUGAACUGGAACACAGUGAAGGCAACAACAGCAAAAAUGUCAGUGCUGCAGUGAAUGUUUGUGAACUAUCAAAAGAUGCGUUAGAUGUGGAAGGUGAGUGUGAAAUGCAAGCUAAUUUGAAGAAGAAUGAAGAAAUUUCUAAAUCACACUCAGUUGUGAAAGAAAGGGAGAGAUUAAAGAAAGAGUUGCAGUCUCUAGCAGGUAUUACAAAUACCCCCUGUAUUACAGUAUCCUCAUCAACAGAGGUAAAGCUAAAACAACCAGACCUUCAUGAGAAAACUGUGGCAGAAGAAGUAGUGCCUCUCGUCCAGAAUAGUACUUACCAUUGUGAUGAUCCUGAGAAAUCCAAGAAAUUUUCCAUUAUCACUGAGGAAUUAAGAGCACUUCAUCAUCCUAUUCACAAGAAGAAAUUCAGAGAGUACUGUGAUCACAUCAUCACACCAGAAGUAAACAUGGUCACUCAGCAACUGGUAGAAAGUUUAGUGGGGUUCCAGGAUCGACACUUUCAGCGUGAUCCCACAAAAGCUCGUAUAAGGCGAAGGUAUGUGUGUGGUCUGAAGGAGACGACAAAGCUAAUGGGCAAAAUGUCUUGCAUAAUAGUGGCUCCUGAUAUUCAGCGAAGUAAAGGACCAGGUGCCUUGGAUGAGGUCGUGGAGAAGAUGCUGGGUCAGGCACAGGUCCAUGGAGUACCAGUCAUAUUUGCACUCUCUUGUAAACAAAUUGGCAAUCUCUGUUUCAAAAAGGUGCCGGUGAGCUGUUUUGGCAUCAUCAACUAUCAGGGUGCUCAGGACAAAUUCCAAACAUUGAUGCAGUUGGUCCCAGAAGCUAAGAAGCAAUAUCAGGAACUGAUUGCUUGUGGCAGUCGCUCUGUUCCAGUGGAUGACGAGGAACCUGUUAACAGUGAGAGAGAAUCACCCAGUUUAGAUAUUAGCAAAGAAAUCAUAGCUAAUACAUCAUCACUUAUUAAAGGCACUGCUGAAGGAUGAAGAUAUUAAAUGUUAGUGUGAAUAUUCAUAUUUCCAUGGUGUCAUUACAAGGUAUUGUAUGAGGAAUGAGACAACUCUUAUUCUUUACACAUUUGUUAAUUUGUUGUUGAUGACUGUGGCAUCUGUUCUGUCAGUGAUUAACAGGCAAUACGAAGAAUUUUUUAAUAUGUUUGUUAUUCUUUUAACAAUACUGUACUGUAAUUUAAAAACAAUUUUGUUUCUGUUACUAGAGUUUGCCUUUGAUGUUUGUGAAGGACGUUAUAAGAAUAAACAGCAAGUGGUUAAACAGGUCUUGCAUUCAAUUGAAUCCCAACUUGGCCAUUAGGACUGGGUGCCAAUCACAUUUGGUUAGAUUCUACCAUUUGGUCUGUAGCUAAUGGAAGCCACCGACUCAUUGAUAAAGAAUUUACUCUUACAUUAUUCAGAAGAAGAGGCUGUAGGAAGACAUGGUCUUAUAAUUUUGGGGGAUUAGUUAGAGUAAAAGUGAAAACAUAAAGCAAAAAUAUAGCAGAAUCUUGCUAUGUGAAUGCACUACAUGUAUUGGCUCACCUGCUGUUGCUCAGAAUAAUCCUUUUAGAAACUAAUUUUAAAAGUAUAGUGUCUAUUUUUUGUUUUGUGAUAUCUAUAUACUUGUUAUGUUUUCAUUUCACUUCACAUUCCUUCACAGUAUCAAAGAUCCGACAACAGUCUUUGAAGUCAUUGACUAAAGAAUUUUGCAUAUGUGACUUUAAUAAACACAGUAGUAGUUGCCACUUGCUUGUUACAAGAUAUAAAUGAAUGUGAAAGGGAAACACUGUUAAAUGAACAGAAAAAAGGAAGAUGUUGAGAAGAAGGGAAAAUGUAGAAAAAAUAGAUCACCCGGAGAUUCGACAUCCUACUCCUAGCUUAUAAUUAUCAUCUGAUAAUCACUUUAUGCUAACCUAACCCAACCCAAUGAGAAAAAUAUCUUCUAAAUUUACUAAUGUACAGUUGCGGAAAUGUGUUCCUACACCCCCAUUGGCAACCCGCGUCUCCAAACGGCAAUGUCACAAUAGUAGUAUAUCACCAUUUAUGAAUGAAUGGGUAUUGGUCGUGUAACGACAGAUGUGAUUGAUGGAUAGGUUUGCUGUACUGUAGGUCAUAUAGGUUGGCCGUUUGGAGUAGGAACACAUUUCCGCAACUGUACUAUAGAUUCCUUCAAACAAGCUAAAUUUGCUAACUAUUCUCUGGGUUUUAUGUCUCCGAGAAUUUAAAAUUAACCUCAAGAGUGCUUAUUUUUUCCUCUCUCAAGUAACUUUUUCUGCUUCUAGGAGCACACCUUACUGUGGUAUAUCACCUAACACUCUAACACAAAAACAAUGGUGGUAAAAUAGAAAAGGCUACUCAGAAUUGGUAGAUGCAGCGAGUUUAGUGCUGUCUCAUUUUAUCAUUUCACAUAGCUUUACUGAACUGCAUCACACAUUAGUUUUAUUAUUACUCUUGGUAAGUUUUAUGCUCCGCAGACAGUCCAGAACUUAACAUGGUAGAUGUAACAUUAAAUUACUGUAAAUUAAUAAUAUUGGGUACAAAAGCAUUCGUUCAGACAUUAGCAUAAUAUGUGCUUGAGGUAAUAAUCUUUAGGCUUUGUUCUAACUUGUCUUCAUAACAUUUGGUCCAGGGCACCCUAUGCCACCCAGCUUUGAAUUGAUAUUUAAUUUUAUAGCUGGGGAAGCAGAGGUGGUCUAGUACAGUGCUGACCACACUACCCCCUUGUGUACUAAAUGCUUAGCACAGUGUUCAGUGCACUGUACUGUACGAGUAUAUGCACUCCCCUAGACGGGUCAUCAGACCUGAGUAACAAUUUUUUUCAUUAUAUUACUUGAAGCAUUAUAAUAUAUUAUUGAGGUUCGUAAGGUGCUAAGUCAUAUCAGGUUUUUUUCAUAAAUAUGUCUUUAUUUAGACUGACAAAUACACCUAAGGAUCACUAAAGUACAGUACAGUACAGUAUGUUUACCUCAGAUUACUGGUGUGUUGAACUUUUAUUCCUGGAUUACAAACUCUCCUGCUAUGUUAUGCAAUUGAUGUACUUUCUUUGUACAGUAUGCUGAUUACUGUUUUUAAUUUGUAUUUCUUGACAGGAAUGAUCAAAUCAAUGAUUUUUUCUAAUUUUUUGCCCAACUUUAUCACAUGCAAUGAUGAUGACCACCAAAGGUAUGAGGUGAUGUGAAUGAUAAAAAAUAGUUUCAUCUGGGCUGUUUGUAAAACUUAUAUUUGUAAAGGGUAAACUUGUGAAAGGUGUGGGGAUUACUGUAUAUGUAUAUGGUAUGAAUUUAUUCAUAUGAAUAUGCUUAAAAUACUUGCACUGUACUGUACUCUAUUUGAAAAUAUAUUUAUUUUGACAUGGGAAGAAGAAAUAUCAUUACUGUAUCAUUUAUUUAUAUGUACUUCAUGAUUCAUAAAACAUAUUUUUUCAUCUAUGUUAAUGCGUAGUUUCAAUUUUAUUUCCACAUUGUGUUGCCUAAAACCAUUAUCUCCCAGGUCCUCAAUUGUUGUCAGAGCUUUAAAACUCUGGUGAACCUGUUUAGUGGCAUUAUGUUUAAAGACAAGAACCCUUUAAUAGAGGAAAGUCUUCCUCCUACACCAGUCUAGAUACAGUAUGCUACUGUACAUGUUAUUGUGCAAUGCAUUUAUGCACGUUAUAGAACCUCCCAAAUAAACUUCUACUCUUGUUGUUCUUAUAUGUUUGGCCAGUUUCAUAUAGGAGCAUUAUACAGUGUACAUAUUUUAUAAAUAUGAAUUUUUUCUUGAUUAAGUUACCAGACAAUUCUAAAUUUCUUUUAUUUAUCUUGUCAGUAAACUACUGUAUAUUUUAAAGCUUAAAAAUUGUGUGAAGGUUUCCCAUGUAUAUGUAAUUCAGACCCAAAGCAUAAAAUAUGCAAGUAAAGCAUUCACAGAUAAAGUUAUGGUUUCUGUGAUGACAUCUGGCAAGUUUCACAUUUUAUCUGGGUUCUUGAUCCGAGAUAUUUUAUAAAAAACAAACAAAUAAUUAAAUCAUGUUUUAACACCAUUACCCACUCCAAGUGAUAAACACUGUCUGUGUAUGCUAUUCUAUUACAGUAUUUAUUCCAACUUCUUCCUGGUUGAUGAAAUAACUCCUAGUUUCAUCAGUUUUCAUUCAGCUGAAUAAUGGUGUACAGUAUUGUAUGUGGUCAUUAACCCAUUCACCACUGUGAGGCACAGGAAGGCUGCAACAAAGAACAGACCAACUGCCCAAACAGCUAGGAAGGUGAUAAGUUGCAAAAUAAUGAAUUAAAUAAGAAAUUGAUUGAUGCAAAAAAUGUUAAGACACAAGAUUUUUUAUUUUGUGAAGUAAAGGGAAGAACAAUUGCAGGUGGUAGAUUUACUCAACAUGGGGAGAGGAAACACCAGGACAGAACAUGUUGGGGAGAGUGUUUGUUGCUCUCAAGUUAUGGCCACCCUGUAACUGUAGCAGGAAAAGGUUGCAAUAAUGAAAAGAAUAUUACUCUUAGGUGAAUAUGUCACCUUGUUUCUCUAUUUAUUGAAAAAAUAAUAAUAAUAAUGACUGUCCAAACCAAAUUUUUCAAGCAGUAUAUUUCUCUCUGAUGUGAACACAAUUGUAAUUUGUUCCUGUUGGUAUUAUAGGUUUUUGUUUGUAUAGGUAGUAUAGUAAUUAUAGUUAUUACUCUGCAGUUAGAAAUCAUUUUCAAUACAGUACAUUACUGUACUGGAAAAUGUAAUUUUUCUUAUUUUACUGUGGUACAUAAAAUAGUUAUACGUAAUCUCUGGAUGUUGGACUUACUGUAUAGUGCAGUGGGCUAUGAAGCCUUAUCAAACAUGUACAUUAUAGCUCUCCAACCCAUCAUGUCAGGUAUCAACCCAAAGAACUUGGGUUUUUGUUUAUCAUCAUGGCAGGUCUUCUUGCUCCCAGUUGGGUGCUGUUGCAGCUUUAGCACUGCUCCUCACUGUACUGGAGGGGACUGUAUGAAAAAGCAUUCACCUUCUGAUUAUUUGUGGAAAAUUUUCUUUGCCAGGUUGAAUAAUUUUGUAUGUAUUUUUUUUAUUAUAAGUGUGUGUACUUUUGUCUAGACUACUAAGGAUUAACAUGAGCAUUAUCAGAAUACAAAUUAAUGUAUUUUUUUUUAAGAAUUACUGUGCGGUAUUUUUAUACUGUACAGUAUACAGUACGUAUAUGUAUGUACCAGGCUGACUCGGAUAAUAUUAUAAAUAAAUUUUCAUUAUAUUCACAAGACUUACAAAUUUGAAGUAAUUAUGUUAUACCAGUGUCUGUUAUAUUUCACCAGUUAACUUUUGGGUUUAGUUACACAGCUUUGUGUUAUAGACUAUUUUCAAUUUUUGGGAGAUUGUUACCGUAUUCUUGGGAAAAUUUAGGUCAGAGUCACUUUUGGUAACUGUAGCUUUUAUAGUUGUAGGGUAACGCCCCCUUUAAUAUAAAAAAACAAACAAAAGGUUAGGAUUUUUUUAUUGUUUCUGGUAAACUGUGGUUGUUUGGUGCUCCUGUAGGUGGAGCUCAUUAAUUUUCUUUGGGGAUUGUGCCUUGUUAUUGUCCCCUAUUCAGGAGUAAAGUACAAAGUGUAGAGUUUUGCAUGUCAGUUAUAUAUUUGGCUUGCAGCUUGUCUUAUUAAACUAGUAAGAUCUAUUUGACCUCCAUCUUAAGUCACUAGAACCUCUAAAUGCUUUUGCAUGUUAGUGGCUGGAAGUGUUUUAGCAAUGCUUUCAAGGCAGACAUUUUAAAUCUCUUGGGAACUGUUGUUAUCUUAAGUAAUAAGUCUAGAAGGAAACACUGUGUUUAUUUUAUUAUAUACAGGGGGUCCCCGGGUUACGAACAGGUUCCGUUCCUGAGGAUGUUCUUUAAGUCGGAUUUGUGCGUAAGUCGGAACACAUGCUAUGUGCAUACCCUGGUACUGUACUUAUAGAACAAUGUUUAAAACCCCAUUAUAUCAUAGCCUAAGUCCUUAUAUAGAUCUAAAAUCACUUAAUUUAAGACAAAAGAAGAAAUAGAAUGACAAAAUACAGAAAUGAAAGUAAAGAUUAGGUCAUCAGGUAAAUAAAAUGCUGUAAAUUUCAAGUUUAACCCUGUUCGUAUCGGCUGGCGUUCCUAAGUUGGACGUUCGUAAGUCAGGAACCCCCUGUAGUCCAACUUGAGGUUAUGUAAGAUGAAGAAACCAUUAGACAUUCGUUGUUAUACAUCAGGUAAUUAAUUUCAAUGGUCCUCAUGAGCAGUUCCCUAUCAUGACAUUGAUUAUAAUUUAUUGAGAUAUAAUGUGGCACAGUGUCAGUGUUAGGAAUACCUGAUAAAGAAGGAAUAAUGUGCAAACUGUCUUUGAUACAUAUAGCAGUGCACAUACCUGUUAUUUUGACUGAUCUUUAGGAUACAUUUAGGCUCAAGGGUAUAUUUAAAACAUUAACAGUGAGUUGAUACGGAGUAUUGUGAAAUAAUAUAGAUUUGCUCUGUUUACAUCAUUGGCUGUGUUCCUGGAAAAGGCUGGUGUUAUUUUAUAAGUGAAAACUGUGUACAGUAAUUGAAGAUAAGUCUAUAGGUUAUGUUCUUUGCCACAUCCAAAGUUCCUCUUUUGAUGCUGAUUCUUUACUGUAUAAAACUCCAUGUAUUCACUAAUAGUAGUUUAAUAAAUAAAUACUGUAAAGUUGAUUGAAUGAAAAUUAUAUGUGAAUAGCCUGUACAGUAUACAAUACUGUAUUCACCAAUACAUUUUUAUGGUUUCUGUUGGAGGAGAGCUUGGAUGGAAGUUAUUGUGCAGGUGACAGAUUUCCAGAACAGAUGGCUUGUUGUGCCUGUCAGUAAUUUCAAACAACUGAGUUAAUGUCCACUUCAAAUAAAACAUUUUAAAUGUU